UAUUGUUGACUCGUGCGAUAUUUUAUUGCGAGUGUUUCUCGAGUUUUGCUUCAUUUGUUGCGAUUAUAAAUUAAACAAGGAAAAAGUAAUAGCAGCUGAAUAAAGAAGGAAAAAGAUUGAGGAAAAGUAACAGCACUUGGCAUCUCAUUGGUUUUAAACAAGUAAAUCAACGAAUUUUAUUGGUUAAUCAUCCUAAGAAGAAUCGAAUAAAUACCUUCGAUACUGCAGUUUUAUUGCCAAGUCUGGUGAGAAACAAUCUUCGAGCUGUAAAAAUGAAGCUACAGUUGUUAUUUUUCUUGCUUUUUGCCUUUGUAGUUGCCGAAGUUAUAAAUGCACAGGCCGAAGACAUAGGUAACGAUGAUAAUAAUGAAGAAGACCAAGAAGAAGAAGUCGAUAAUAGUGAAAAUGAAAGUGCAGAAGAUAAUGAAGACAGUGGAAGUGAAGAUGAUGAAAGUGAAGAUGAUGAAAGUGAAGAUGAUGAAAGUGAAGAUGAUGAAAGUGGCGAAAUAAGUAAAGAUAACGAGGAAGAAAAACGCAAACGGAAAUAAGAAUGAAUUUUGAAAAAUGAAACUGUAUUGAAAAAAAGAGAAAAAAAUCAAUUAAAAAAUCGUAUUAAAAUUAAUCAAAAGUUUAAAUUUUGACUGCUGUAAAAAUUUCUGAAUAAAAACAAUAUAGAGCCUAACACCUGCAUUCGUGAAUAUCUUACAAACUUUGUAUGGAGUGUUAGUGUAGUGUAAUAACGCUAAGUGGGAUAUACAGUCUUGUCCGUUCUAUCACAUUGUAGUAAGUCUGUAGUAAUAAGAUUGAAGGACAGGAAUAACGUGUUCGAAUACGGAUACGGAUUCCUUAUAAUUAUGGGAACAUUUCUUGUCGCGUCUAUUUAACACAAUGUUAUAAUCAAAAUAAUACAAUACAAUCGUGAUUCAUUCCUAUCGGGCAUUAAAUUAACGUUCUUUUCCCGUCAAACAGUUUUGGAAAUACUCUAUGUAAGUCUGAAUUUUUUCUAGCCUGUUCUCUUGCUCUGAUUUGUCAGGCUCAUACUCACGUUCACGCUGUCAGAUCCUCGUUCAAACGCGUUACACGCAGAAUACAUUUAUCAUUCACUCGUGAAUCGAAAGGUAAUUAAUCAUUUACAACUUUCCCUUCAUGCGAAAAGUAAAUUUAGAGGUUUAUUUGUACAGAGAAUAUGCCUUCCUGUAUGGGCAUCUACGGACCUAUCGUUGAUAUCCACCAUAUGACAUACUUUCU